CGGAGAGAGGGCUAGAGAAUCUUCAAGGCUUUAUUUUAAAGGCAAGUGAGACUGCUUCAAAUAAAACAACUCUAAGCUUCCAAGAAACAGUUCAGAGAAGGCAGAGACGAGCAGAAACACCGCUUCACUCACACGCACGUGGUUGCCAUGGACCUGCACAAGCAGUGGGACAACACAGGGACUGCCUGGCACAAGGAAAAGAUGGAGUUACUGGACCAGUUCGACAAUGAAAGGAAGGAAUGGGAAGCCCAAUGGAAGAUCAUGCAGAAGAAGAUAGAAGAGCUUUGCCAUGAAGUAAAGCUUCGGAGGAAACUCAACAUGAAUGAACGUGCCAAGGUCAUUGAUCUUGAUCGUGAGAAAGCCAUGCGAGAUAAAGUGGUGGAAUCUUCUCCAAAUUACCCCAAUUCAGGACAAUGCGAAUUUACAGGGAUGAAUCACAGGGAUGGCCUGGAAAAAGAAAAUAAAAUGGAGCAGAGCUUACUCAGUGAAGGAAAUCAAAUGUGUAAGGAACAAAAAGCAACCAAAAAGGUAGGGUUUAUGGAUCCCCUGGCCACAGACAACCAAAAGGAAUGUGAGGCCUGGCCUGACCUGAGGACUUCUGAGGAAGUGAGCAAGGGCUGUUCUGGCGCCCUCAACACAGCUCUUGAAGAACUUGCCAAAGUCAGUGAAGAAUUGUGCUGCUUCCAAGAGGAAAUCCGAAAGAGGUCUCACCAUAGAAGGAUGAAGUCAGAUUCUUCUCUCCAGGAAAUGCCACAUAUAAUGAACAUGGCCCCUGGAGACCACGGGAUCAACAAUGGCCAGUGCGUUCUUCCAAUCAGUUUGGAAAAAGAAAAACAGAAAAAUAGAAAGAAUCUGAGUUAUGCUGACAUGCUCCAAAGCAAUUUCAUGAAAAAAUGUGGAAUUGAUACAAUUGAUCCAAUACAAAGAAAUGAAACUCCACCAGUUCCUCCUCCAAGAAGUACAUCUCGAAGUUUUCCCAGUGUGUAUCCUGAACAAGCCCAUGAAAGUUGGAAGGAAAGUUUAGACCACAAUAGCCAGGUGGUCCAAGAGGAUCAAGGUGAAAGGAACUGCAGUCCGCAUGUCCUUCUGAGGCAUGAUGAGAUGCCUUCACUGUGUCUAAAGGAAGGGAAGACUUUGAAAGAUGGUAUCCUGUUUUCUUCUUUGGCAUCUGGAGCCAAAAUGGAUAACAAGCCUCCGUGUAGUGAUGCUGGAUUUGGCCUGAGGUCUUACGACACUGUGAUAGGCACAGAAAAUAGCCCUUCUACCUUGUGGUUUCAGAAAGCCUGUUCUACUCCCAAUUCGUCAAAAUAUGAAAAGAUGACCCCAGAUCAUCCUGCUAAAUUCCACUCUGACCUUCAUGUAAGCGAUGACGGUAGUUCCUUGGUGACACAGAGCAGUGGCCCGCUUAGAAGUUUCAGUUGUGGCUUUGAAAAGACUACUAGGAAUGAAACGCUGGCAGCAAAGACUGAUGAAUUUAAUAGAACCGUGUUCAGAACAGAUAGACAUUGUCGUGCAGUUCAGCAAAACCAAAGCUACCUAGAAUCGUCUCAAGGUCUUAAGCCCUGUGAUACCUUAAUUCCUCGUAUAGGCAGCAUACCAGAAAAUGACCAUGUGUCUGGUAUUCUGAAAACCAGUGCCCACAUGCAUGUGCCUAGAGAAAAUGUGCCUGAUAACCCCACCAAAAAAUCCACAACAGGCCCAGUCAGACAAACACAGGAGCACAUAACUCCCAGUAGUUAUCGGAAUAUGCUCCAUGAGCAUGACUGGAGACCUAGCAAUUUGUCUGGCCGACCAAGAUCAGCUGAUCCUAGGUCAAAUUACGGUGUUGUGGAAAAGCUGCUGAAAACCUAUGAGACAUCAACAGGGCCCGUACUGCAAAAUUCUAAAUGCUGCCAGGAUAAUUGGACCAAAUGUAAUUCUGAUGUCAGUGUUGGGGCCACAUUAAGUCAGCAUUUAGAAAUGCUCCAAAUUGAACAAGAGCUUCAAGGAAAAACAGCUAUGUGUAGGGCACAACAAGUGAAGCAAGGAGUGGACUGGAAAAAGAUAACAGAGGAAUCCAUGGCAGUGAAAUUUUCACCUGGAAAAGGAUUUUCCCGUCCAGCUAGACCAGCAAAUCGCCGUCUCCCAUCCAGAUGGGCGUCGAGAUCUCCAUCGGCGCCCCCCGCCUUGCGGAGAACUGCCCAAAGCUAUACUAUUUCUCUGCGAUCUGAAGCACCAAUGGUCUGAGUCUCUGGCCUGAAUUGCUAGAUUUCAAAAAUCCCAAUUGCCAAACAGAUAAUUCUGAGUGUUUACAGGCAAUCCCGUCUCUUCGGUAUCUCUCAAGAUUUCUGGGACAAACAAUUUAAAUCUUAACUUCUCAUCAGUCUUCAGUGUUUUUAAUGUAUGGAAUAAUUAUCUUCCUACAUGUUGAUUUCUUAGAUCAGAAUUUUUUAAUGCCAUCCUCAUUAAUUUUCCAAUAUGAUUUAAGUUGAAACAGUGUACUAUAUUGUAUAUACUAACUUUCUUGCAAGUGGCAGAAAGCAAGGUUAUGUGCAUGGCCGUGUGUUUGUAGGUGCAUGUGUUGAAAUAGGAAGUAUCCUAGUGUGUAUUUAGAUAAGAAAAUGUAUG